GGCGAGAAUUUGUAAUAAACAACUUGGAAGCAGUAAACAGGAAAAGUGAGUUAGAAUGCUGCGCACAUGAAUACCGCAGCAAAUACGUAUUAAGACUUGUAGCAGCAGAGUUUAUUGAUCAGACCAGAAGUUCACGUCUUCGCGACAGACCUAACCGUUCAAUGUGAUAGUGGUGCUGAGCAGUGCUGAUCAUUAUUCCUACUACAUAUUAUUACAUGCAUAGAGAGUGCAACAGUGCAGUGCAAUCCUGUCUCUGGAGUAUCGGGAGCACAUGGGAGCGAGCGACAAGUGCGGUUUUGCUGCAUCUACAAGUGUGACCGGUUUCAAGCAUCGGCAGUGUGUUUACUGAUGAGGCCAGUAUAGAGUGACGACGAAGGGACGAAUCCAGCCCACUACCUAGUUGUAAUAGGCCAACGCAUCUCCAAUCUAGUUGAUAUAUGUAGCUAGUGUAUAGUGUCUGUUAGUCAAAGAGGCACUAGCAAGUGGUCAGUCUCAAAUCGUCAGCGCAACAGGAUAGUUGCUUAUAGUGAACUUGGCGUGCAUUGAUCUCAAUUGAAGUGACUUGGUAAUAAAACUGCUGGUAGGCACUAGAGUAGUGAGGUAGCAACCAACGAUACACAAUGCCUCUGGAAAUUAAAAGCGUGCUCGUGUGUGAUGCAGUUGACAAUUCGUGCGUUAAACUGUUACAAGAUCAUGGAAUUAAAGUGGAUUAUAAACUGAAGUUAUCUAAGGAUCAACUAGUCAAAGAAGUUAAGGGCUAUGACGCCGUCAUCGUACGUUCCGAUACAAAAAUUACGGCGGAAAUACUGGACGCCGGUUCCGGAAAGCUGAAAGCCGUUGGACGGGCUGGAGCUGGUGUGGAUAAUAUUGACAUUGUCGCCGCUACCAGAAAUAAUGUCGUCGUCCUGAACGCUCCCGGUGGAAAUUCCAUCUCGGCGUGCGAGCUGACGUGCUUCCUGAUUGGAGCCCUGGCGCGGCCGUUUUGCCCAGCGGCAAGCAGCAUGAAGGAGGGGCGCUGGGACCGCAAGUUGUACUCCGGCAGCGAACUGUACGGCAAGACGCUAGCAAUCCUUGGAUUGGGUCGGAUCGGGCGCGAGGUCGGCAUUCGUAUGAAUGCGUUCGGUAUGCGGGUAAUCGGGUUUGAUCCGAUUACGACGGCCGAGGAAGCCCGCGCGGCUGGCAUCGAGAAAAUGGAACUGGAGCAGAUCUGGCCUCUGGCGGAUUACAUUACCGUGCACACACCGUUGAUUCCGGCGACAAGAAAUCUUAUUUCGGCUGCCACUUUGGCGAAAUGUAAGAAAGGGGUACGCGUUGUAAACGUGGCACGUGGCGGUAUUAUUGACGAGGCAGCUCUUUUUGACGCGCUGGAAAGUGGACAAUGCGGCGGAGCGGCUCUCGAUGUCUAUCCGGAGGAGCCACCGAAAUCGGAAGCUAGCAAAAAACUCAUCAAUCAUUCGAAGGUCGUUGCAACGCCCCAUCUAGGAGCUAGUACGUCAGAGGCUCAGGUGCGAGUAGCCGUUGAAGUGGCUGAGCAGUUCAUCGCACUGACGGGGAAAUCGACUGUUUACACCCAGUACGCCGGAGUCGUUAAUCGAGAGGUUUUGAAGAAUGUCUUUUGAAUUGGAUUAUGAGUGACUAUUUUUAGCGUAGAUAAUGCAAUCAUUGGAUAAGAAGUGUUUGUUUUCCCUAUUUUGCUUGAUGGUGGAUCCUAUUAGUGUAGUAUUAAAUAAACAUUAUGGAGAUUAAUUGCACAAAAAUGACAAUUUCCUUCAAUUAAAUUCAAUAAUAAACAAAUUCAUAUGAACUUUUCUUUGUUUCCAUACUGA